AUGAUAAAUGAGAGCGUUUCCAAGAGAGAAGGAUUCCACGAGUCUAUAAGCAGAGAGACGAGUGCAAGCAACGCUUUAGGACUAUACAAUAAAUUUAACGAUGAGCGAAAUCCCAGGUAUCGAACGAUGAUUGCUGAGCUGCACGAGUUUUUUCACCUUACUUUAGCUGAAACUAUAACUGAAACUGACGUGAAAGAAUUGGAGUGUAAUAAAGAAAAGGCCGCUAAAUUUAGAAAGCUAAUGCCUAAGAUGUUGAACAAUUGCCGUGAAUUAACGCAAAGGAAAUCAUACAUUCCUUACAACUCAGAAUUUAAUGGGAAUGACGAAAAGCAAAAGAAGUUUCAGCUGCUACAUCAACACCAAAUUGUGCUGAGUUUUCAAGAAUUUUGUGAUGAAUUGGCAAAGUUAAUAAUUGACGCGCACGUCCUUAGCUUUUUGACCAGAUGCGACUAUUCUUAUGAAAUUAUACCCAAAAAUUGGACCUCUUUUUACAAGCUAUUUCAGUACGUAAUGGGUGCCGUUGGUCCUAUUAUAUCGUAUGUGCCGGUAAAUUAUCCCAUGAUAAGAAAAGAACUAGGAUUUGAGACCUUAACGAUAUUUCAGUAUUAUGAUUCCAAACUUUUCGAAUGUAUGAAGUCACAUUUUGGAAGGGAAUUUUCCACCCUUGUAAGCGCUACUAUUCAUCACUAUAUUCAUAUGUUUCCAAUAACGAAUACAAUGUUAGAGAAGGAAGUUCCUAUGCUCCGUAUAAUGUCUAACUGCAAUUUUAGUAUAGAGGGCUUGAGCCCCAAAGAUUUUUAUAUGAAAACUCUCAGACAAUAUUACUGUGAGGAAUCAAAUUUAAGGCCGAGGCUGGAAACUUUCAAGAAUUUUAAGGUACUAUUGACGAGGAAUGCAUUAUUAGCAUCUUUAUUUUCCCCUGAAUGGGUCAGCGAUGCAAAUGACCUAUUUAUAAGCCAUCUACUGUUGAACAAGAAGUCUAUUAGCGAAUACAUAGAAAUUGGGAAGGACACUUAUGAUGAAGAAAAAGAGAGAUAUUUCAAAACUGAGACACACUUUAGCUUAUUGAUGUUUAGAAAUGCUUUUGAAGCAAAAAAUAUGCUGUCAAAAUUCAAGGAAUUCUGUGAUGAUGCCGUUUCAGAAAAGUUAAAGGCAGCAUAUGGAUCCAAUCAUGAUACUGAAAGGCUAUUUGAUGAGGUAGUUCAGCUAGCUAAUGUAGAUCACCUCAAAAUAUACUCCGAUUCCAUCGAGUACCAUUUAUGUAAUUUACUUGGAAGUACCAGCAAAGCCAUAGAACAGUAUGUCAAAUAUUUUGAGUCACAUUUAUUCAUCAUCGUCAGAAAGAUAAAAACAACUAAAAAAGACCUACCCAGAGAUAUGAAAAUAAAGUAUCUCAACGAAAAUCUUCCUAUAUUGAGACUGAAGUUCGUUAACCUUCCCACAUUUCCUAAUUUUUUCGAAAGAUCAAUUUUCAGAAAGACGAUCUUACAAAGUGAUCAAAAUUCCUCAUUUAUUAAGGAUAUAUUACCUGUUUACAAAGACAGCCUCAUGGAACUUUUCAAACAAAGAAUCAUAACAAAUGUCUCACAAGAGGAUGAAAUGCGAUACCGAGAUCAAUAUCAACCCUAUUUAUCGCAAUUCUUUCAGCCGGUAGAGGUUAUGGCAGAUCUGAGAAUCAAAUAUGCAUCGUUCUUGUCGUUUUAUGAGAAUAUCGAGGCUGCUGUGAAGUUCGGGAAGACAUACAAUGAAAACAACAGCAAGUCAUUUUUCCCACUUAUCUUUGAUAGAGAAAGAAUUCCCAAAGUUUUUCAGCAAUCCAACGAAGUAAAGAAAAAUUUUGUCCUACCUCAAGAGAUGGAUGAUACGUGGAACCAAUUUCUCCGUAAUUAUCACGAGCAGAAUAAAGUGGAAGAUUCAGAUGCUUCCAAAAAAGAGCUAUAUCCGAUGUGGAACUUGCACCACUGCGAAGUGGAGUCGCCUUAUAUCAUACAGGAUGGAACUAACCUAAUAUUUGAAUUGACCCUUUUCCAAACAUGUGUGCUGACUUUAUUCAACGAAAGCGAUCAUUUGACCUUGCAAGUUAUAUCAGAGCAAACGAAACUGGCGUACAAAGACUUAGCGCUAGUCUUAAAAUCCUUCUGCAAUUAUAAAAUUCUGACAAGAGAUAUUGACAACACAUACAGUAUCAACGAGAGCUUCAAACCUGAUAUGAAAAAAGUGAAAAAUGGGAAACUACGUGUGGUUCUACCGAGAACCGCGUCUCUCCAAAGUAGCAACACAGGCGGUGAAAGAACCAGUUCUGCACACCACGAAGGAAGUAAUUCCCAAUGGACCCAAGAAUUACUAAAGGCAUGCAUAACUAGAUCCGUUAAGAGCGAGAGGAAUGGGCUAGACUACGACCAUUUAUUUGAAACGGUAAAGCAGCAGAUAAAAGGCUUUAGUGUUGGUGAGUUCAAAGACGCCUUGGCCAAGUUGUUACGAGACAAAUUCAUAACUAGGGACGAAUCAACAGCAACUUACAAGUACUAA